AUGUCCACUGAAACUUUCAAAUUCCAAGCUGAAAUCAAUCAAUUGAUGAGUUUAAUCAUCAAUACUUUCUACAGUAACAAGGAAAUCUUCUUGAGAGAAUUGAUUUCAAAUUCUUCUGAUGCUUUGGAUAAAAUUCGUCAUUUAAGUUUGACUGAGCCUUCCGUUUUGGACACUGAAAGAGAAUUAUAUAUUAGAAUCAUCCCAGAUAAGGCUAACAAGACACUCACUAUCCAAGAUUCAGGUGUGGGUAUGACUAAGGCUGAUUUAAUUAAUUGUUUGGGUACUAUCGCAAGAUCUGGUACUAAACAAUUCAUGGAAAUGCUCCAAGCAGGUGCUGAUAUUAGCUUGAUCGGUCAAUUUGGUGUCGGUUUUUACAGUGCUUAUUUGGUUGCUGAUCGAGUGGUGGUCGUUACCAAACACAAUGAUGACGAACAAUACAUUUGGGAAUCUGCUGCAGGUGGUAGCUUUACCAUUACUUUGGACGAGACUGGUGAAAGAAUCACUCGUGGUACUAAAAUCAUCUUGCACAUGAAGGAGGAUCAAUUGGAAUUUUUGGAAGAGAGAAGAUUGAAGGAUCUCGUCAAGAAGCACUCUGAAUUUAUUGGUUAUCCAAUUUCAUUAUAUGUCGAAAAGACUAGUGAAAAGGAGGUUGAAGAGGAGGAGGAAGAAUCCAAGGAAGAAUCCAAGUCUGAAGAACCAAAGAUUGAAGAGGUUGAGGAAGACAAGGAGAAGAAGACCAAAAAGGUCAAGGAAGUCACUCAUGAAUGGGAAUUGCUCAACAAGACAAAGCCUCUCUGGACUCGUGACCCCAAGUCUGUCACCAAGGAAGAAUAUGCAAGCUUUUAUAAGGCCUUGACCAACGAUUGGGAGGAACAUUUGGCAGUCAAGCACUUUUCUGUGGAAGGUCAACUCGAAUUCAAGGCCAUCUUGUUCGCUCCAAAACGUGCUCCAUUCGACUUGUUCGAACCAAAGAAAAAGUUGAACAAUAUCAAACUCUAUGUGAGAAGAGUCUUCAUUAUGGACAAUUGUGAAGAAUUAAUUCCAGAAUACUUGAACUUUAUCAAGGGUAUUGUAGACAGUGAGGACUUGCCAUUGAACAUUUCUCGUGAACACUUGCAACAAAACAAGAUCAUGAAGGUCAUCCGAAAGAACUUGGUCAAGAAGUGUAUUGAAAUGUUCUCUGAAAUUGCUGAAAACAAGGAAGAUUUCAAGGCCUUUUAUGAAGCAUUCGGAAAGAACUUGAAGUUGGGUAUCCAUGAAGAUUCUCAAAACAGACAAAAGUUGGCUGAAUUGUUAAGAUUCCACUCGACCACUUCUGGUGACGAUUGGACCAGUUUCAAGGAAUAUGUGGAAAGAAUGAAGGAAGGUCAAGAAGAUAUUUACUACAUUACUGGUGAAAGCAAGAAGGCUGUUUCCAAAUCUCCAUUCAUUGAAAAGUGUACCAAGAAGGGCUUUGAAGUCUUGUACAUGACCGACCCAAUCGAUGAAUACAUGGUUCAACAAUUGAAGGAAUUUGAUGGUAAAAAGCUUGUUUGCGUCACCAAGGAAGGACUCAAGUUGCCAGAAACUGAAGAGGAAAAGAAGAAGAAGGAAGAAUUGAAGGCCUCUUUUGAAUCUUUGUGCAAGUUGAUGAAGGAUAUUUUGGGUGACAAGGUUGAAAAGGUGGUUGUUUCUGACCGACUUGGUGACUCUCCUUGUUGUUUGGUCACUGGUGAAUAUGGAUGGAGUGCCAACAUGGAAAGAAUCAUGAAGGCUCAAGCAUUGAAGGAUAACUCGAUGGCUGCUUACAUGGUUUCCAAGAAGACUAUGGAAAUUAACCCAGAAAACUCGAUUGUCAAUGAAUUGAGAAAGAAGGCUGAAGCUAACAAGGCUGACAAGACCUUGAGAGAUUUGGUCUGGCUCUUGUUCGAUACUUCAUUGUUGACCUCUGGAUUCUCAUUGGAAGAACCAAGUAUUUAUGCAUCGAGAAUUCACAGAAUGAUCAAGCUCGGUUUGAGCAUUGAUGAAGAUGAAACUACUUCAGCCUCCUCUUCUGAGGAGAAGAAGGAAGAAGUUGCAGAGGAACCUGCUGCUGAAUCCUUGAUGGAAGAUGUUGAUUAA